AUGGUGGAGAUACCCUCUGCUCGUCCGCCCACGCCUCCCAGGACAGCUUCGCGCACCGUGAUUGAUGAGAACCAGAUCGCAUCGCCAUUGAUUGUUUCAACGCCCAAAGCCUCGCCGUUUGAAACGAUAGAAGCAGGCUCCGAGACUUUAAGUCGCAGCUCAAAACGUGUCAAUUUCUCGCCAUGGCCCAAGUACAUCAAACCGCCAACUUUUACUAGCGCCUCACAACCAGACAGCGACAUCAAGAACAUCCCUUCCACAGAUUCAAAGCCCGCGAAAUCCAUCCUCAAGACAACCCAGUCGCCCAUCCCUGUGUGGUCGCCAAAUGUCAAUACCUUUACCGCAGAAUCGCUCGCCAUGCUACUCGAAUCGGUCAUACAACAAUUGGCAGGCGAGUCAACGACCUCGCGGCUGGAUGCCUACAUGCAAUUCUUUGGCGCGCUUCGAACCUACGACGGAAUACCAGCUGGCCAGGAAAUUGGGGAUAAAUUGAACCUCAUCACCGAGUUCAUUCAACGAGACGUGAACCGGGAUUUGACGAAUGCCGGAAUCCAAGAUACAAACCUUGCCAACCAGGCUUUGAAAUUAACAGCGGCAUUCAUCUGGCACCCCCAGAUCUCCACGAGAAUACCCGACGAUUUCAAGACAUUUUUGGUUGACCAUGCCACAACUACUCUCGACGAGAUCAAGGCGCCUAAAUCUGUCUUGACGCAUUACAUGUCCAUAUUAUCUACGCAAAACUUCUCGCCCAAAGUCAUGACAAACGCCCGGGUCAACCGCCUAUUGAAGGUACUGCAACACAUCGGGAGUCGUAUAUCUGGCAAUGGUAUCAUUUCGCAUCGAUUGAAUGCGUACCAGCGCCUUUGGGUGCAGGCCAAACCAGUAUUUCUCUCCCAGCCCAAUUUGUGGAUCGAGAACUUGUUUCGUGGGAUGCUUCAUCAUGUCAAGGACACCAGGGAUAAAGCAAUCGCUUUUGGCUUUCGAAUCGCUGCUGAGGUGGGCCCAAAUGCAACGAUUUCGAAGAGCGUCCGCGAGUUCUUUGAUCAUCCACUCGAGCACGAUCGCAAAAUUGUUGCAGAAAUCCGUGAACGCAUGACGCGAAUGAUGACCUUCACCGAAAGCGGCAUACAUGUCCCCCAAAUAUGGAGCGUCACUAUUCUUCUCUUGCGGAAUAAAAGAUGGAACCUGGAGCAUUGGCAUCAUUACAAGGAGUGGCUGCUCGUGCUCCAAAAAUGUUUCAACUGCAGUGAGCCCUUGAUAAAGGCCGAGGCAAUCAUUGGAUGGAGCCGAUUCGUUUCCGUUGUUGGACCCGAGGAAUGUACGAGUCGCUCGCUACUCAAGAUGCUUGGAAAACCAGUACUUUCCCAAUUUGACCGCAGGAAAUCCGAAAAGUCAGCAUCACCGCCAAGCCAACUCGCCCUUAAUAGCUACCAUAUCUUGCUGUACUACACCUUCAGACCUUCGGCAACCUACCAACACCUGGACUUCAUAUGGGAAGAGUAUGUCCUGACUCCAUCCUCGGGCAUCUUUUCAUCAAUACCGGCUCUCAGUGACUGCCUCUCUCGCGUUGUAUCCAACUUGCUGUGGAGUCCGCAAGCUAAGCUCUUCACCGAGGGUCGCAUUGAUGAUGCGAACAAGAUGGAAGCUGAUGAACUCCCAUCAGCUGAUAGUAAAUGGGUUCGAUCAAGGUGUUCAAACAUCCUGAGAGUGUUCGAGAAUCUUUUCAAGUCUUCAACAUGGGUCGAUGGUGCCUUGGCAACAUCCAACGUGGCACUGGCAUGGAGCAGUCUGUGUAGUGCGAUUUCGCUGGCAUCGAGCAAAGAGAUCACAUCCUCUGGAGAGUCAAUGCAGGCUGUGGCCGGGAUUCUCGGCCUGCUGCAUCGUCUUUGGCUCACUGGACCCUCUUCGGUUAAUGCGAGCAGUCAAGAUAUUUUCCUUGAAAGGUUCCGAUAUCUAUCUACUGUCAUGAUUUCAUCGAUUGGGAGCAUUUCGGUCACUGAAAAACUGUUCUUGAAGUAUGCAGAUGAACAGUCUGUUGCUACUGGUGUUUCAAUCGACCCCCAUCGACCCCCAGGCACAAGCCCGGAAAGCCCCGUUCUGCACCUGAUUCGGACCAUUGGCAGCACUGGUGGGUCUAUAUCAGCCAGUCAAUUAUACAAAGACUUGGCGAUAGGCAUCAUUGAGGCUGCUUGCAAGAGCAAACUUUUCAGAGGUUCCCGUCUCGAGCUUUUACACCAAUGUGCAGAAUUGUGCACCGCGGAUACCGGCGCUCUUAUGCGAGACCUCGAACUGUCAGACCUUCUUUGGGCUGCCACCGCCCAGGCGGCAUCGAACGCUCUACAAUCAUUCCCCAUAGAAUCUGCGCGUGAGCGUGAUGGGUCAGUGUCCCGUGACUAUGACAAUGUUACCAAGAUCCUCUCGUCCGGGGUUGACCUUCCAGAUGCCUUCCAAGAGUGGUCCAAUUUGCUUGAAUCAUUUGUGCGCGUGGUGCGAACCGAGAAGGGUGUCCAUGCCGUUGCUUCGAUCAUUUUGGAACCGAUGGCUGAAUGCAUCAUGCACCUGCAUGUCCCAACUACAUACCUGCCUUCAAGAUCAUUGCUUAUCCACUCGUCGUCGAUACCUUUCCUCCAAGGUACCGGGCUAGGGAUCCAUGCUGGGGGUUCCCAGCCAACCAGCGCCGCUAUUUUGCCCAAUACGCUCCUCAAAUCAGUCUCCCGAACACUUGAAGACACAUAUGCCGGGUUCGACGCAUCCGGAUGCGAGGGCUUUGCAGAAUUCAUCGAGGCAUUGACCUCGUUCUUGGGAACUGGUGUCCCGCAGCUCCAGUGCCAGGUGCUUCAAAUCCUCCAACCUUCGAUUGGCAUUUGGUUGAGAGAUGAAUCUCACAAAACCAACGGUGUCGGUUUGGGCAGCGCCGCCGCAACUACACUUUUCAGCGUAUUCCGUGCCCUCUCUUCGGCUACCCUCCACGUCCUACAUAAAUCUGCCCCUCAUGACCCGCCGUCUUUAAAGACCUUUGAACCUAUUGUCUUGGCUGGUUUUGAAUCGUCACACAACUUUAUUAUCAAGGGAUUCCUCGAUUUUUGGAAACCAACCUUUGCCUCGAAGGAUGAUACUCUUACGCAAGCUGCGCAAAAUGCCGAGUCCAGGCUUCGCAGUCAAGCUUCACCUCUCCAAGAUGACGCUAUGGAAAUUGAGGCCGUGCCUCCACCCCUUCCACACAGCUCCACGGGCCUUGCCAAUGGCUCUCAUCAUAUGGCUCAACAGCCAUAUGAUUCAGAACCUAGCUCAUCUCCUGUGGAGAAGAUUGAGACAAACAUCUCCAAGGGAACCGAAGAAGUCAAUGAACCUCAGUUGCCGAGCAACUUACAGUCCGAAGCAGCCGACACGCAAACUGGAAACGCUAUAACGACAUCUCGUAGGCGGCUCACCCGUCGGGAGAUGUUCUCCAUGAUUGAAUCUAUUCAAUCGUCGUCGCCAGCAACCACCCCUCGUAAGCUGGGCUUCAAUACACCUCCCCAUCUCCGCAGACUUCAAUCUGGUGAAUCGGCCCCGGAACUUCUCUUGACGCCUUCUUUAGCGCCCGCUGAGAAUGAAGAUGGAUUUUUCGGCUCAUCUCCCACGCCAGGAACAAGAGAUCCCACCCCGGCUACGAAGUCCAACGUGUCCAUUCAAGUCUCUCAAGAUGUCCCAAGCAGCCAGGAAGUCGAUCCUCCUUCCUCGCCACCUGAAAUUAGCUCUCAAAGCCCAAGCCCCCAAAAGGGCAGGAAUCACACUCGAAACGUGCGGCGAAAGGCAGCGAAGGCAAGAAAGGCACUUGUCGGCAAUUUGGGCGCGAAAUCAACGGUCAACAGCCCGGCCACUUCUCGCCUUGCCACUGAAAAUGACACUGCAAGCACUGGCAUGGACGAUGUCAUUGACGGGAGUAACAACAAAGAGAAUGCCAACUCAACCCCUCAGCCAAACGGGGAAACUCCUGGCAGGCGCCUUCGAUCUGCAAGGGGCAAGGAGCCAGGACCUGUCACAGGGCGUUCGCCAGCGCCACAAGUUAACUCCCCUGACCGAACGCCUGUUCCGAAGUCCCGCAACAGCAAGUCUGGCCCGGGUUCCAGUGCCAAGAGAAAGCAAAACAGCCACAAGCCUGCACCGGAGCCAUCUGUGCAAGCCAUGGACACGCCCUCUGACGCCCAAACCGACAGUGUCAUGGAUUCGAGCGAGGAAACUGAGACACAGAUCGCAUCUCAACUUGGCCUUGAUCUGGAACUCGCCGUUGAAGUAGACGAUAAAGCUCAUAUCACACCCACCAAACCGGUUGAUGAGCCUUCUUUGCGAAAGAGAAAGAGAGAUGAGGAAGAUAAGCCCCAGGCAACUGCCCCGAAAACUGACAGGCGUCGCUCAACACGGUUGUCUACGGUCAAAGAUGGUCUCAGCGUUGAGCUUCCAGAAUUGGAUGGAACGCGUGCGCUGAGUCCUGCUGUUUCUCACGUCAGUCAAAGCGUCUCACCUGUCAAAUCGAUAUCGCCUGCUGCGACGCGUCGGUCCGCUCGUAAUUCGCAAAGAAGAGAAAGCACUAACCCUCUUUCUGAGCCCAUUCCUGUCGUCCAGGACUCUCCUGCCACAGUGAUCGCCAAUGAUGAGACCCCUCGACCAUCCAAGAGAUCGCGCAAAUCUGCUCGUGUUGGAGACCAGUCUGUACCAGGGGCUAUUGGCGGAAGCGAGCCUCCAAGUGCUUCACGGGCUACUAGCUCACGCAAAACCCGAUCUCAGCAAGAGGCUGUCAAUCCCAACCCCCUGCCUCAACCUCAAUUCUCUUCUCUGCCGACGGAGAAUAACUCUGAGAUUGACGCCCUUUCACAUCAGAGCGUGGAUGUGGAAAUGGUUCCAGAGAGUCUCAUAGUAGACGAGAACACAUCAGUACAAGAUAUUCCGGUUUCAACCGAAGAAGCAACCGAUUCACAGGUUUCUGAGCCCGAGCAAUCGAUCCAGAACGGUCAUGGCCUUGUCGAGCCAGACACUGAAAUGGACUUGGGGCUGAACACUGCUGGAGAAGCUAAAGCCGAACCUAGCGAUGGCAUUCUCGAGCAAGCUGUAGCCCCUCUCAUUGAGACACAGUCUCAUGAGCCAUCACCCCCUCAACUCCAACCAGUUGUCACCGAAACUGGCAUCACCCAGUCACUGAAGAAUAUUCUGGGUGACAUGCAAUCAGCGACACUGGGGCCGGAGGCCCUCCGCGAGAUCGAUGAUCUCCUCUUCAACAUCCGUGUCCACGCACAUGAUGCAUCACGGCGACACAAUACUUAA